UGGCUGUUGCAGGAACUCCGCCUCGCAGGAUCCUCGUAUUCCAAGUCCAUACUCCGCCUUUUCUCCAGGCCUGAUCCUGCCAUCCACUCCCCCAUUCCUCUCUUUUGUGUACUUUCUCCUUGGUUGUUCUCGGUGGCUCUGGAAGACAACACUACUGAACUCUGCCAAAAUGUCAAGUCUAACAGCAGCUCAAAUCACGGCAAUGGAAGCCAAUCCGGGUGCGACCCGUGCUCCCGGAAUCAUUGCCUGCGCAUCAAUCACGAUGGCCGCCAGCGCUGCAGGCGUUAUCCUGCGAGUGAUAGCCCGAUCUAUCACGUCGAUGCGGUUAGGUCUCGACGACUACUUUAUCAUAGUGGCAUUGUUCUUCAACGUUGCAUUCAACGUCUCAAUCUACAUAACCAUCCACUUUGGCAUGGGAAAGCACAUUGUCUAUGUAACCGAUGCGAAGGGUCUAACAUUGUCCAUAACCAUCGCCGAGUGCUUCUACUGUCUCGCCAUCUGCUUCACCAAGCUCUCCAUUCUAACAUUCUACGGUCGGAUCUUCCCACAGCGAUGGUUCCGCCUCAUGACCUGGUUCAUGGCCUUCGUCGUGGUUGCGUAUAACUUCUGCAGCGUGCUCGCCACCUGGCUACAAUGUGUUCCUCUCUCUCACGCCUGGGAUCCUUCCGUACCCGCCACCUGCAUAGAUUACUACGCCGUCGUGGUAUUCAGCGGCGUGACAAACGUCGUCACUGACUUUAUCAUCCUGAGCAUGCCCCUCUCUGUUAUCCAUCAACUACACAUGAGCAGUCGCAAGAAACGCAUGCUGGCAUCCGUCUUUGCUCUUGGAUUUGGAACCUGCAUCGCCUCCAUCCUCCGUUGCAUCGAAGCUCAAGCCCUCAACUCCACCGACUCCAGCUGGGACCUGCAAGGCGCCAUCGACUGCACCUCCGUCGAGAUAUGCGUCGCCAUGAUAACGGCCUGCAUGCCCUCCAUGCGCCCGCUGGUCUCGAAGAUAUUCAAGUCGAACGCUACCCAGGCAAACUCGAAGAUGGACCCCACGGUUGGGACUUAUAAAAUGUCGACGCAGAAGGGGACGCGCAGUCGGGCGGACCGCGGUUGGUCGGCGAUCGAUCAUGAGGAGACACAGAGGCUCCCGGAGGAAAGGUCCGCCGAUGAACUUUCGUUGGGGAGUUUGAAGCAAGCGUACCGUGCUGAUGUAAGGCAGGCGGUGUGA